AGCAGCUCGGCAGACACAGAUUGCAGUAGCUCCUUGCUGGAUGAGAUCUGUGAUAGUCUGGUGGUUAAAUAUGGAAUAUUUACAUGCUGCGAACAGCAAGCACACCGUGCGCACCCGUGAGAAAAAAACAAGGCUGUAGCUGCGCAAAUUACAAAACCAUAUCACCCCGCGGUUAUUUAUGGCUUCUGGCUCGGAGGAUGAUGAAGGGAACACGACGGGCGCUUCAUGGAGACUUAUAGGCCCAGCCUCGGAGCUUUCCAAGAAGCCCUGCCGUCUAAUGUACUCCCCUCUCGGCCGCGACAGCGAUGUCUGCCUCUUUUAUGUCAGGGGACAGUUUUUUGCCAUGGACGCCCGCUGUGCUCACUCCGGGGGUCCUCUGUGUGAGGGAGACAUUGAGGAGGCUGAUGGAGUCCUGCAGGUCUUCUGCCCCUGGCAUGACUAUGGCUAUGAUCUCAGAACUGGGAAGUCUGGGACAUUAUUAGAGCAACAAGUUUAUGAAGUAAAGCUGGUGGAUGGCGACGUGUACGUGAAGCACGCAAGUCAUCUCUCCCUCAGGCCUUUUCCAGCAAAUCAGAAAACCUGAGUUAUCUCCGCGCAGCUGGUUCAUCCUAUUUUUAAGACUUUUUCCACAAGUCAUCCGAAAACAUUCCAAAGCCUUAUCUCUGUUGUUCUAAGAGUUGUUUUUACUUCGCUGAGAACUCAGGACUAAGGAGACCGUCUUGAAGAGGACAUGACAUCAUGAAGUUGUUUUUCUUGUUGGUAUACCAGGCAAAGUUCAGAGUUUAACACAAGCUGUUAAGAGGAAGAGUUGUGAACAUUUUACUGUAUGUUUUUAAUGGAGAAACAGCAAAAUACAACAAAUACAUUUCUUUGCAAAAGUAUUCGUAUCCCGUUUGUCUAGCCUCACAAACUUCAUUUAUUUAAUUAAGACUUUAUCUUACAGAACAAAUUGUGAGGUGUAAAAAAAAGAGCAUUUGUUUUCAAUAUUAGUUUUUGUAAAUAAAACUCUAAAACGUCUUGUUUUUAUUUCUUAUUUGAUCAAUUAUCUCAUGAAAACUUCCCCAGAUGUUUGUGUGAUCUCUGCUGCUUGGUUAGAUCAAUCUGAUAUCAAACAAGCUGGUAAUCAGUCAGUUCUUAUAACUUCUCCUUAAGAACUGUUCGCUUAUUCAAACCACAAACAAAAGCCAAGGAGUUACAUCAUGGUUAGCUAUUUCCUUUUGUUAAGAUCUAAACUAUGUUAUCCUUAUAAGACAUUGUGAUGUUCUUUAUAAAAAAAAACAAACUGGCUUCAUGUGUGAUCAAGUAGUAAUGAAUUAAGCAUAAUCUUCUCCUUCAACACUUAUGUAACAUUAUCUGAAGUGUCUAACAUCCCCACAAUGGUCUCAUUAAACCCACAAAUUUUCUUCCUUUCAUCAACAAACUUUACAUGUGGUCUGAAACUGUUAGACUCACUGUUGAGUUAUUUGGACUAGAGCACGUAUAAACACUUAUUCUGCUCAUCUCACAAUCCAAACAGUGUUGUUACUUGACAAUUUGUGGCCCAACAAAAGAAGCAAUGAAAAUGGUGCAACUAGUAGCUGUUUAAUUUGUGAGGUG